AACGCGCUCCGCCCUCAUCAUUCAAUCCAAACCUAAACACACGAUCACCAUCAUCACAGCGCAGCGCAUCGCUUUCCCACGCGCGUGCACUCCAAGCAUGGACGAUACGCAUCAUCCAUCACCCGAAUCUUCACCAAAGGCGCCUCUUUCGCAUCCCGUCAAGUACCAUCGAAGGGUCACCCCGCGCGAGCGCAAGUCUCUGCCUUCGCCUCCAGCCUCUGACGAACGCAAACGGGCCUCGACCGCUACCGCUGAUGAACUACCCCAAGGGCUUGUCGAGUUCAAGCGCAAUUGUAGGACUGGCGACUACUCGCCGCUGACGAAUUUUCACCUUAGCAAGGCUGAUUACACCCGCCUUCACGACGAGAUCCAGGCUACCUUUCGACGCUUCGAUUACAACCCUCGACGUCAACUUAUCAGCUUUCGCAUGCCUUCCGCGCUCCACGACUUAUUCAUUUCAUUCUUUGGAAGCGCUAUCUUGAAUAAAAUUCGCGAAAUCGGACGCCAGAACCGACAAGCUCGCGCCUUCACCGAGAGCAUCGACAAUGCUUUGUCCUCUCGUGUUCUUCUGAACGAUGGCGAUGACAAAUGGGAACAACAACCGGAUGCGCAGUUCGAGCAUCACGAAGCCCGAUACCCUGGCUUAGUUGUCGAGGUUGCAUUGACUCAAGACGCGAAGGAGUUGCGACGGAUUGCCAAACGGUACAUCUAUUAUACCGAUGGACAGAUCAAAGUGGUUCUUGGCAUUGA